ACAGUCACACCAACUGAUCCCAAAUCGCCGUUAUCAACCAGCUCAGGAAAAUUAAAAAUACAAAUAAAAAUGCGAUAAAGGAGGAAAUCUGUGACAUUUUUUUUUCUUCAUGUCUUUCGAAAUAAGAAUUCCAUUGAGAAAAAGGUGUUUCAGGUAAGCUUAUCUCCUAACCGUUGGCGUUAAGUAGAGAAAAGAAAACGAGACACGGUUCUAAUUUCACGUAUGCUCCCCCCACCUCCCGUUUUCCACAAGGUCGCUGCAUGGAAAGUCGACUUCAGCUGCAGGUUGAAGAUAGGCAAAAACACAUCACUAUCUCUCCUAGUGCUCUUCCGCUUCAUCGACUGGUUAUAUGGCAAUGUGUGUCGCGACCAACGAGUGUUAUCCAGGCAAGGAGUCAGUUUUUAUCAGUUCCCUUAAGUACGUCAGAGUGUAGAGACGCCCCCACCCGUCGCCCGUGCCUCCUGCUGCUGCUGUCACUUCCUGCUUUGUCAGGGGAAGGAAACAACGAGGCAACGAAGAAGAGCAGCACAUCAGUCGCCAAUGUGAGAUCAAAACACAUCAGCCAACAUCUGUAAGACCUUUCAAGAUGCUUCACCAACGGGCAGCAGGCGGCCUCCCUUUUACCCACCUCCUCGUCGCCUGGUGGGUGGUGAGCUUACUGCCGACGCUGGCCACGGGCACCAGAACCGAAACGAUCAAAUCCGACGGGUACGCAGUGAAGGAGUUGAAGGAGCCAUCGAUGCUGCUUUGCCUGACGCCAUUGGAGAGCGGCGCGGACGUCGACGCUAAGCUGAGGUUGGAGGUAGUGCCCAAAGGCCCUAGUGGCGGCAAUCUGUAUCUCGCAGGCAACGUUGACGUGCCCAAAGAACUUCUACAAAGGGUGUCAGGGGCGUCUCUGCUCCGUUACGAGUACACCACCAUAGACCAGAAGGUCGCCCUUAAGGUCACCCUGAACAACGAGGAGCUGCCAUACAAAUCCUUCAAUGACAUGAACAGCGGCAGAUACGCUCUCAACCUUGUCAAGUUUUACAUUCGGGGACACGUGCAGGUGACCUAUGACUGUCGUGACCCUGCCGUCACCACCACCACCGCCGCCACCACCACCACCACCGCCACCACCACCACCACCGCCGCCACCACCACCCCCACUCCCACCUGUACCCCACUGUUAACAGUCGACCCCAACGAGUACAAAAUGAAGGAAUUGAAUGAGCUAUCGAUGGGUAUGUGCCUGACGCCACUGGAGGGCGAUGCGCACAUCGACGCAGAGAUGAAGUUUGAAAUAGUUCGCAGACGCUAUGGAGAAGAGGAUCUGUUCCCCGUUGUCACCGUGGAAGUGCCCAAGGACCGUCUGCAGCAGGUGUCAGGGGCGUCUCUGCUCCGCUACGAGUACACCACCAACGAUCGAAGGGUUGUCCCAGGUACUCAUUUAUCGCCUGGCCUCUACCAGCCAGGUACCCUAACGGUCACCCUGAACAACGAGGUGCUACCCUACACAUCCUACCUGGAGAAUGACAAGGACCAAUACGAGCACAACCUUCUCAAGUUUUACAUAAAGGGGAGAGUGGCGGUGACCAAAGACUGUCCUGAACAAUGCCCCGCACGCCCCACAGAACGGCCAGCUGGAACCCUCAACACCACCAGUACCACGACGAACUCUAACCCUUCACCAUCACCACCACCAACGCCGCCCACCAACAAGACACACAAGGAAGACGAAUCUUGGGUAUAUGUUCUAGGGGCGGCGGGACCCAUGCCGACCCUUGUGCUCCUCGGCCUAAUGACGGUCACCCUCCUGGUAGUGGGUGUCCUGACCUUCAUCAUGUGGCGUCGCAAGAAUAGCGAGACGAGUGAAAGUAAAGUGGAGACCAUAUUCGCUGACGAGCCUUGCUCACCCAGGAGUAUCCCUUUUGAACCUUUUAGCUCGCAUAAAUUACUCGGGGAAGGGAAGGGGACGGGGGUGGUUCAUUCCGCUGAUAUGGGAGAGCGCGGGGAGGAGGAGGAGGAGGACAUUAAUACUACAGAUUAUAGCACCACAGCUCUCCCAGUCACGGAAUACUAUAACAAAGCGUAUCGCCCACCCCCAACAGGGAAACGACUUCCCUGAAUUUGAAGCAGAAUGAGUUCGUUGGGUUCCAUCAGCUUGUAUGCGGAGAGAAAAUAAAAAGUGCCACAUGACAGAAGACAGUUAUUUAGACUUUUAUAAACCUAUCGUAUUGCAUAUCAAUAAUAGAUGCCUCCUAAUAUUAUAACUUAGGAAUAAUUCGAAUAUUUGCAUACACCCUUCCAAUACUACUCAUAUCAGGGGAAAAACGACUCUGAAAAAUCACUGGGCUGAUAUAACCGUCAAAGUAUUCAUUGGGAAACACUAUUUACCUCACCAACA